AAAGGAAAAUUGUGUGCCUCUCUUUGUACUGGUGCUGCUACUUUCUUUUUUACCUUGGGGUUUUUCCUGGUGGCUAAGGGCUGUUUCCAUCAUUUGCUUCCCUCUAACCUUGUGUUUUGUGGUGGUGUCUCACUCCUUGCUGACUGUAUCACGGGAGUCUAUCCAGAUGGUAUUUUAGUCCUAUUCCCCUAGGGUUUGCAUGAUUAACAGGGUAGCCAGUGUUAGCUUAGUUAUAAUGCUUUGAACAUGUGGGGCUCUUUUACCCAACUACCCAAGGCUUUGUACCUGAGGUGGUCACCUGAUGCUGGUGGUUGAGCAGUGACUCAGGGAAGCUGAGUCAUUAUAGUGGGUGGGCAGGAGGUGGAUCUGCAACCAUCAACAGGAAAAUUACCCGGUUCUCAUGCCUGCAACUAACUCUUUUCCUCGGCCCUCAGGGUAUCUCUCUUUGGUAGGGAAUUCCUGAAGAGGUAUCCAGGUAUAAGAUUCAGUCAUAGUGGGGGAUGACAUUUCUUGAAAAUAAGAGUUUUAGCUAAGCUGGAAAACGUUUAAUGAAAUAGCUGGAUAGGAAUUUGUACCUGCUGGGGAAGACAGCCACAUUUGUGUCUAAGAAAUAUUAUUUCUGGGGAAAAAGUCUAAGUGUCAAGGAAGUUUCUAAAAUGUGAGUUAGGGACAACAUCUUGAGAAUUAUCCUAAUAGCAGGGAUUAUCUGAUCUUUGGAUGAGUAAUCCAGAAGAGGGUGAAUAGAUACAGUAUGGAGGAGGAAGUUUUGUUAAAUACUGUUCUAGGAUGAGAUGUUGAGUGCUCUGAACUUCAUUCAAGUAGUAUUGAACAGUUGCUGUGUGCCAGGCACUGUCGUUGAAAGUAAUGCCAUGAAUAGGACAUGUACCCCGUCCUCAGAAGUUCCCAUCUGGCAGAGAGUUCAGCAAGGUCACUUCAGCUUACUCUGUCCAGUGUGGGGGCAGUUGUGAGAGCUUGUGUCCAGAAUGCCACAGAAAACCUUGCCGGCACACAGCGGGCCCUCAGUAAUACCUCGAAAACACUGAUGAGAAGGCUUUGGACUGUGGAGCCAGAGUUCUUUCUUAGGGAUGAAUGCCAGUGCCACAAUCUUGAUGCUUCUCUGCUCUAAUCAGCUCAGCAGACCAUCCCUCUCAGCCCUUCUUAUCAUUGGUAAAGUUAUUCAUUCAAUCAUUCACCAAACUCUUAUUCAUCAGUCAUAUAUGAGAUGACACCCUGGGAUGUGUUGGAUACAGUUAAAAUACCAUAGGCCAUUUUUGGUCUCUCAUAUGCCCCAGUAAUUGGUUUCCAACCAUUUCAUGCCUGGGGCCUAUUUUGAAUGAAAAGAAAGGUCUACCAAACAAACCCAGACUUACAGAACUAAAAGCUGAUAAUUUAAUUCUGAUCAGUGACUUCCUCAAGGCCAAGAAGAGUCUAUUUGGUGUAGAGAGCGCAGUCUUUCUGUCUCAUGGUACUGAUUACCACACAAAAGCAUUGGUGAAGAAACAACUCACUGAGUUGAGUUAGGAAGUUUUUUCAGAGUAAUUUUGACUAGUUGCAAUUUUCGAUUUGUGCUUUAUUUGGACUUGCGAACCCAGCCAAACUCGUAAGAUAAGAGUUUCCUUCAAGGCAACAAGCACAGAGCGUGCAGAAGGCACAGUAUCCCACGGACACAGGCAAAGGAAGGCCCACUUGAAGAAAUCCUGUGGAGAGGAACAGUGGCUCCCAUCAGACUGGAAGACUGCCUUAGGCCUGCCACAGGCAGCACCCACAGCUUCCACAGUCAGCUUGGCUGUUGGUCCAAAGACAGAGUUUCAUGGCCACACAGCCAGAGCUCCCGUGUCAUCAGCCACCACACCUAGCAACCCCUGCUGACAAUCACGUCUGAUUUUUGGCAUGCAUCAAGUCCAGCAUAUGAGGGAACUGGAUUUAUUUUGCAUAGAGGCAUAAACAGUAAGGGAUGUCAUGAUAGCUUAUCACAUAUAAUUUAGAAGCAAACCUUAACUAUUUUUUUAUUUUCAGAGACCGAAAGGAAGAAAUAGUCUUAAAGAAUAAAAAGGAAAAAAUUAGGUUGGACAUAAAAAAAUUAUUAAUAGCAAAGAUGAUUAGACUUUAACACAAGUUUCUAAAAAGACAUCCUCCCUGGAGAUCUUUUAAAAAUAGGGUAAAUUCCAUCUCACGCCCCCACUCUUGCCUAGAUGACAUAUCCAGGCAUAGAUCACUGAUGUAUUCAAUUAGAUCAGGGCUUCUUACAAGUGAAGGAAACAUUUGAGCUAGAUCAUUUUAAAUAAUCACAGGGUUUUUGGUUUUGAGGUUUUUUUUUUUUUUAAACCAUUUCAAGGGAGUCUCUGGAUUUCUUGAUCCUUGAUUUGUGGUUUUCAUGUUGUCUGUGAGCUCCAGCAGGGCCUCAUCAGCCCUGUCCGUGGUGCUGCUCCAGCCCUGUGCUCCCCGAUAGGCGGCCCUGCGCUCUGUGCACGUCCUUCUUAACAUAGGAAAGAUGUAUACCUUUCAAAGAAAGGCAUUCAAGACAGAUCAGCACCAAGUGGAGGCUCUACCCACAGAUGUUAAUGUGCAUUAAGAAACAGCGUUACUGAGAAAUCUGAGCCAUCAUUCCAGAGUCUCUCUCCUGGGGAGAAGUUUGUUUUUACUGCUGGGGUUUUUUUGUUUGGUUUUAAUUCAGAAUUUGGAACUAGACUUAUUUGUAAUAAACCUAUCAAAGCCUAGCCUAAGGGCUGCCAUCUCUGUCUAAAUUCUAGUUGUUUAUACAGUAUAAAAAAGACAUUUCUAAAGAUCUCAAAGCUGAUCCUCCUUAAUAGUAAGGGACUGUGUGAAAGUUUGUUUAUGCUGGCUUAGCAACCUUCCUUUUUCCCCCAGCUACAGUGAAAAAGCAAACUUCUGGCCAGACUUUUAGACUAUAAAUAGAGUUAUCAUGUCUCAGUCAAUGAGGGUUAAAAUGUUCUUUUUUAAAAAAGAAAACUUUGGAAAUUCCAAGAAGGGGCAGUCACUUUUAAUCAUUUUGUAAUCUUGGAGACUGCUGUCUAUGGGACGGAAGAGAUGUUAGCAGAAGGGAGAGGGGCAAACUGUGCAGAAACAGCUUCAGAAAUGCCGUCCCCCACCUUCUCCCCUGCUGCUUUAAGGAACAGCAGUGUGGUGGCCAACAUCUCAGCAGCCCAGAGUGGUAAUCCUAUUAAUAAUAAUAGUCUUAUAAUGACAUAACCACCACCUCAGUGACUAUGUGGCUGUCAUUAAUUGAGCCCUCGCCACAUACAAGGUUCUGUGCUGAAUAUAUCACUAUUGUUAUCUCAUUUUCAUUCUCCCAGCAGCCCCAUGAAGUAACUCUUCAUUUUAUCAGUGAGGAGUAUGAGGUUCAGAGAGAUUAAGUAAUAGAUGCGAGAUUAUACAGUAAGUAGCAGAACCAGGAUUCAAACCUAGGUGUUUGGGGCUCCGUAAACAUAGGCUUUUACUCACGCUGCUAUACUGCCCUGCAGAUUCCUUUCCCCUUCCUGACUCUGUGUUCUUGGUUGUCCCCUUCUUGUCCAGAGGCUCUCUGGUACCCGACUCCAGGCAUUCAGCUUCCCCUGAGUCAGUCCUGCCUCAGUCUGCUAAGCCAGUACCUCCCAGAUGGUGCCUGGAAAUACAUAGUUAGGGACCCAGCACAGUGGCUCAUGCCUGUAAUUUCAGCACUUUGGGAGGUCGAGGUGGGUGGAUCACCUGAGGUCAGGAGUUCGAGACCAACCUGGCCAACAUAGUGAAACCCUGUCUUUACUAAAAAUACAAAAAAAAUUAGCCAGUGGGCAUGGUGGCAGGCGCCUGCUACCUGGGAGGCUGAGGCAAGAGAAUCACUUGAAUCGGGGAUGCAAAGGUUGCAAUGAGCCAAGAUUGCACCACUGCACUCCACCAUGGGCGACAGAGUGAGUCUCUGUCUCAAAAAAAAACAAAAAAGAAUAUAUAGUUAGAAAAACUCCUCAAGUGAUUGACAGACAGGAUUGAGAACCACUGGGAUGGGGAAAUACCACUCUUUCCCAGCCCCCAAAAAGAGAUGAAGAAAAUUGGCCAGACGCAAUUUUGGGAAUAUGGAUAUAGGAUGAGAAUGGAGAAUGCGGAUUUUACAGAAUUAGUGCCCCCUACUCUGAACACGCCCAAAUGAUGUUGGCUCACUUGGCACAUUUGAUGUCAAGAAGAGGGAAAAUAUUUUCAAAUAAUGGCUCAGAAUUUGCAGCAAAACCAGAUAACUGGUAUGUUACUUCAUGGUCCAUGGCCUCUCCUGACUUUCUGUGGCCUGUGAGGACCUCCUGGACCAUGUCAGUGAGAAGGUGAGUCCAGGUGAAGCCCCAGAGACCAGCUUUUUUUCCCAUGCUUUCCGAUGCCUCUUCUACCACUUCAGGCUGGUGGUGGCCACUGCCACCUCUCGGUGAUGUCACUCAAGACACCACCUCUAGGCAUCCCCAGGUUGUGGUGUCAAAAUUGUCUGUCUCAGUGCUUCUUCCUCAUUCCUAGAAGAGAUUGCACUAAGACGAGGAUUUAAAGAGGCUCAUCUUCUCAGGCACAGCUGUAGUUGAGUUCAAAUAAUUCUCUACUGGCCUUACAGGAUUUGUAAGAAUAGCUUUGUUUUGCUUGAGUUCAAGCAAAUAAUUCUAUUGUGAAGAUGCUUGGCCAGGAUCUGUGCCUCCUGCCCCAGACUCCAGCCAGUACUGCCCAGGGGAGGGGCUGAGUCGCUCUCCUAACGAGAGCUUCCCAGGAGAUCUCCGCCUAGCAAGUGCAAAAGCCAUUGACUGGCCUGUGGGAUAGUUAAGAAACGGUAGCAGUUACUCCCUUUCCACCUUCACGGCCUAGGAGUUUGAUAGCAGAUGAAGACGAUGAUGAUUCAGAUCUGUACUCUCCCAGAUACUCGUUUUCUGAAGACACAAAAUCUCCCCUUUCUGUGCCUCGCUCAAAAAGUGAGAUGAGCUACAUUGAUGGUGAGAAGGUAGUCAAGAGGUCGGCCACACUACCCCUCCCAGCCCGCUCUUCCUCACUGAAGUCAAGUCCAGAAAGAAAUGACUGGGAACCCCCAGAUAAGAAAGUAGAUACAAGAAAAUAUCGUGCAGAGCCCAAAAGCAUUUACGAAUAUCAGCCGGGCAAGUCUUCCGUUCUGACCAACGAAAAGAUGAGUCGGGAUAUAAGCCCAGAAGAGAUAGAUUUAAAGAAUGAACCUUGGUAUAAAUUCUUUUCGGAAUUGGAGUUUGGGAAACCGCCUCCCAAAAAGAUAUGGGAUUAUACUCCUGGAGACUGCUCUAUCCUUCCUAGAGAGGAUAGAAAGACUAAUCUAGACAAAGAUCUCAGCCUCUGCCAGACAGAGUUAGAGGCAGAUUUAGAAAAAAUGGAGACGCUUAAUAAAGCACCCAGUGCAAACGUGCCACAGAGCUCAGCCAUCAGCCCUACUCCGGAAAUUUCUUCAGAGACUCCUGGAUAUAUAUAUUCUUCCAACUUCCAUGCAGUGAAGAGGGAAUCAGAUGGGGCUCCUGGGGAUCUCACUAGCUUGGAGAAUGAGAGACAAAUUUAUAAAAGUGUCUUGGAAGGUGGUGACAUCCCUCUUCAGGGCCUGAGUGGGCUCAAGCGACCAUCCAGCUCUGCUUCCACUAAAGUGGAUCGUAAAGGUGGGAAUGCUCACAUGAUUUCUUCAUCUUCAGUCCAUAGCCGAACGUUUAACACUAGCAAUGCGUUAGGCCCUGUGUGUAAGCACAAGAAGCCCCUGUCAGCUGCGAAGGCCUGCAUUUCGGAAAUCCUUCCUUCCAAAUUCAAACCCAGGCUCUCUGCUCCCAGCGCUCUUUUGCAGGAACAGAAGAGUAUCCUCUUGCCCUCAGAGAAGGCUCAAAGCUGUGAGAACCUUUGUGUUUCUGGUUCUUUGAAUGAUUCCAAAAGAGGCCUCCCCCUCCAAGUGGGAGGGAGCAUUGAGAACCUGCUCAUGCGCUCCCGACGGGAUUAUGACAGCAAGUCGAGCAGUACCAUGAGCCUCCAGGAGUACAGCACUAGCGGCAGGAGGCCCUGUCCUCUCUCAAGAAAGGCUGGGAUGCAGUUCACCAUGCUUUAUCGGGACAUGCACCAGAUCAACCGAUCUGGCCUCUUCCUGGGCUCCAUCUCCUCCUCCUCGAGUGUGCGGGAUCUUGCCUCCCACUUUGAAAAGAGUAGCCUGGCAUUGUCCAGGGGUGAGCUGGGCCCCAGCCAGGAGGGCUCGGAACACAUCCCCAAGCACACCGUCUCUUCCCGCAUCACUGCUUUUGAGCAGCUGAUUCAGCGGUCGCGUUCCAUGCCAUCCCUGGACCUGUCUGGAAGGCUGAGCAAGUCUCCCACACCUGUGCCAUCCCGGGGCAGCCUGACCUCAGCCCGCUCGGCCGAGUCCCUACUUGAGUCAACGAAGCUCCGUCCCAAGGAGAUGGACGGGAUGAACUCCAGUGGGGUCUAUGCUUCCCCAACAUGUAGCAAUAUGGCACACCAUGCCUUGAGCUUCAGGGGCCUUGUGCCUUCUGAGCCUCUCUCCACCUGCUCUGAUGACAUGGACCGCUGUUCAAAUAUCUCCACUGAUAGCAGAGAAGGCAGUGGCAGCAGUGUUCAUGGAGAUUUCCCCAAACAUCGCCUCAACAAGUGCAAGGGCACCUGCCCGGCCUCAUACACCCGCUUCACCACCAUCCGGAAGCAUGAGCAGCAGCAGACCUCUAGACAGCCCGAGUGGCGCCUGGAUGCCAGAGGGGACAAGAGCACCCUCCUCAGGAACAUCUACCUAAUGAGCCCCCUUCCUUUCCGGCUGAAAAAGCCCCUCCACCACCACCCCAAACAACCUUCCCCUGGUGACUCCUCAGGCCUCCCAGUGGGCCAGAAGCCAGACCUCCCCAGUCAGCCCCAUCAGGACCAACCCCCUUCUGGGGGGAAGCCCGUGGUUCCCACACGUCUGUCUUCCCGAUACACCAUGGCCAGGCUUAGCCGCAGCUCAGAGCCCUCUCAGGAGAGACCCACGGCCCUGGAGGACUACCCAAGGGCCAUUAAUAAUGGAAACUCCGUGCCAUACUCAGACCACAGCCUGGACAGGAACAACAACCCACAAAGUGAACUGGCACCAUCCCGCGGAGAUUCAGAAUCGCCAAGACAUUUUAUACCAGCUGAUUACUUGGAAUCCACAGAAGAAUUUGUUCGAAGACGUCAUGAUGAUAAAGAGAAACUUUUAGCGGACCAGAGACGACUUAAGCGCGAGCAAGAAGAGGCUGAUAUUGCAGCUCGACGCCACACAGGCGUCAUUCCGACGCACCAUCAGUUUAUCACUAAUGAGCGCUUUGGGGACCUCCUCAAUAUAGACGAUACUGCAAAAAGGAAAUCUGGGUCAGAGAUGAGACCUGCCAGAGCCAAAUUUGACUUUAAAGCUCAGACACUAAAGGAGCUUCCUCUGCAGAAGGGAGAUAUUGUUUACAUUUAUAAGCAAAUUGAUCAGAACUGGUAUGAAGGAGAACACCACGGCCGGGUGGGAAUCUUCCCACGCACCUACAUCGAGCUUCUUCCUCCUGCUGAGAAGGCUCAGCCCAAAAAGUUGACACCAGUGCAGGUUUUGGAAUACGGAGAAGCUAUUGCUAAGUUUAACUUUAAUGGUGAUACACAAGUAGAAAUGUCCUUCAGAAAGGGUGAGAGGAUCACACUGCUCCGGCAGGUAGAUGAGAACUGGUACGAAGGGAGGAUCCCGGGGACAUCCCGACAAGGCAUCUUCCCCAUCACCUAUGUGGAUGUGAUCAAGCGACCACUGGUGAAAAACCCUGUGGAUUACAUGGACCUGCCUUUCUCCUCCCCAAGUCGCAGUGCCACUGCAAGCCCACAGUUUUCCAGUCACAGCAAGCUCAUCACGCCAGCCCCUUCAUCUCUGCCCCACUCCCGCCGAGCCCUGUCCCCCGAGAUGCACGCUGUCACCUCUGAGUGGAUCUCACUGACUGUGGGGGUCCCAGGGAGGCGUUCUCUGGCCCUGACCCCACCCUUGCCUCCUCUGCCAGAGGCUUCUAUCUAUAACACUGACCACCUCGCCUUGUCACCAAGGGCCAGUCCCUCCCUGUCUCUCAGCCUCCCCCAUUUGAGUUGGUCAGAUCGUCCCACCCCACGAUCAGUAGCUUCUCCACUGGCUCUACCUUCCCCACACAAAACCUACUCUCUAGCACCCACUUCCCAGGCCUCCCUUCACAUGAAUGGAGACGGUGGUGUCCACACGCCAUCUUCAGGCAUCCACCAAGAUAGCUUCUUGCAGCUGCCGCUGGAGAGCUCUGAUAGUGUCAUCUCCCAGCUUAGUGAUGCCUUUAGCAGCCAGAGCAAGAGGCAGCCAUGGCGCGAAGAGAGUGGACAAUAUGAGAGGAAAGCAGAGAGGGAGGCAGGCGAAAGAGGCCCUGGUGGACCCAAGAUCUCUAAGAAGAGCUGCUUGAAGCCUUCAGACGUGGUCAGGUGCCUGAGUACUGAACAGAGACUCUCAGAUCUCAACACCCCUGAGGAGAGCCGGCCCGGCAAGCCCCUGGGUAGCGCUUUUCCAGGAAGUGAGGCUGAGCAGACAGAGCGGCAUAGAGGUGGCGAGCAGGCGGGGAGGAAAGCUGCUCGGAGAGGUGGGAGCCAGGAAGCGGUUUGCAGUGAGAUCAUAAACAUUGCCGAAAAAUCUGUUCAUUACUGCAGCACUGUUUCUCAUCCCCUUGACUUUCAUCACAAGGUAUCCCCUUCUGACAAUAAAUCAUCUUUAAUCAUUUCUCAGCAACCUCAAGCCCAGCAGCGAAGAGUCACCCCCGACAGGAGUCAAACCUCACAGGAUUUAUUUAGCUAUCAAGCAUUAUAUAGCUAUAUACCACAGAAUGAUGAUGAGUUGGAACUCCGCGAUGGAGAUAUCGUUGAUGUCAUGGAAAAAUGUGACGAUGGAUGGUUUGUUGGUACUUCAAGAAGGACAAGGCAGUUUGGUACUUUUCCAGGCAACUAUGUAAAACCUUUGUAUCUGUAAGAAGACUGAAAACCAUGGAGAUUAUUUUUAUUGGAGGAUGAAGCAUCAUUCAUGAACUGAUCUUUUUAGUUGAGUCAGUAGGAAAAUUAAUACAGUGGAUAAAGUAAGAAGCAAAAGACAGGGACAGAGAAGUGUUGUGUUUAAAACCCAAGCCUGUCUAAGGUUACUGUGUGUUAGACAGGGCCGAACUAGUGUGCCGAGCAAAAAGAAUUGAAGCAAAUUGUAUUUACUUAGCCGCUUCUGGGAGCCACUUCAGCCUUUCCCCUCCCCUCCACCUCUUGGAUAAUCUGACCUGAAGCAUAGUCCAGGAGCAGAGUUAGCCAGAAAUGCCUCCUGCUGCCCCAGCCUUAGAGAGCUCCCAUCUCAAAAGAAUCAUUGAGCCUGGAGGCUUCAAGCCCAGGAAUGCACCAAGACCCCCAGCCUACAUUUCUCAGCUCCCCUGGAGCCAGCUGAUCCUGUAACGCUGCUGGAGGUCAGUCUGAGCUACCAAGACUGUCCCUAGACAAAGGUGGAGUCCCCCACACUGCCCAAGACCAAAUCCCUCACUCAACCUGCUGAGGUGUGGAUGGGGAAACGGAAGCAAACCUGAGGCACCCAAUGCAUUCAGCCUGCUGUGCAGCAGUGCCAUUGACUGCCCUGGUGUUCAGACAGAAAAGCACACAAGGUUUGCCCAUGAGAAUUGGGGAACAGAUGGCCAAGCAGAUAGGUUAUGUCUGUCUUCUGAGUGGUGAAGUCAGGAAGCCCUGUGGCUCUGGAGGCCACUUGCAGUUCAUUCUUUUCCCAUAUCCUUGGCUUUUAGAAAUGGUUACCUUCAGGACAGUGCAGCUGCGUUUAUCAGAGCACUAUUGCUAAGUUUUCUUUUCUGGCUUGUGUUUGUCUGGGACAGUUUAGAAUUGGGAGGCAUAUUCUCAUAGAAAACCAAAAAUGAUGUUCAGUGAUUCAUUUAACAUACACCAAUGUACUCUGGCUGCUGGGAGGACAACCAUAAGCAAGACAUGCCCAGGGUUUGCUGUGGCUCCAGAUCUACUCCCUGUAGGAGUUCAAGGAUCACACAAAAUGUAGUAACCAGGGUUGUGAAUCUGAAUACACCCUGGCGAGGCUUCUCUUCAGACUGAAGCAGCAAUUCUGCCACUACCAGCAGCAACCAGGACGUCUGUUCUUUGUGGGGGCCAGAUCAGAAGAGAGAGGCCCCUAUGAUGCCCGGGCUGCUUGGUCACAACUCUGUCCAACUCAAGGAAGUUUAUCGGCCUGUCUUAGACCCCUGAGUGAGACAAAUACAGAAAUGACCCAUUCCCUGCCCACCAGAAACUCAGAGGUGAUUGGGGAGACAGACACAGGAAAACGAACUUAAUCAAGAGAGACUGUGAUAUGUGCUAAGAAGGGUGUGAGGGAGGAAGAGAUGAAUUUUCCCUGGAGGGAUCCUAGAAAGCAUUGUCAUAUUGCCAUCUCCAUUAGCCCACUUUUAAACAACUAGGGUGCUGGAAGAACCUUUGUCUGAGGGUAGUUCAUAGCUGGAAAUACUUGGAAUAUUUUCCAGAGUCUAAACUCUCAUCUUCCCCCACAGAUACACAUCCAAGCUUACAAAUAGGAGUAGCAAUUCUAGGUGGUAGGGUUGUGUACAGGAACCCCUGGCUGUCUGCAUAUAUCUCAGAAUUACCCCAGGACCACUGUCCCAAAGUCUAGAGUCUUUACAGGUAGGCAAAAUUUGUUUUCAAUGCCUGUGCCUCAGCUGCUGUCACAAAUACCCAUCUUAGGAUCCCACCGGCUUCCCAUCCCCCACCAGACAGCCACAGUACCCUCACUUUCUCCCUAUUGUUCUUUCAAAUCCUGUUCUCAGGAAAGAAACUGCAACUAAUUCAUUCACACUAAGGUGUAAAUGAUAAUAGGAAUGAGUUACCUCCUCCCACAGACAUUUGUUUUUAAGUAUGACAGAGCAGGGCCUUAAUCCCAAGGGAAAAGGUUAUGGAACUGGAGGGGGUGAGCUUUCUGGGUAGAAGGAGACUUCCUGAUUUUCCUUAAAACCCAGUAAGAGUAAGACCUCUUGCUUUGGAAGGUCUGCUCCACCAUCUAAGAGCACUGUUUUUUUGGGGUGUUUUUUUUUUUUUUUUUACUGUCUCUGAGGGAAUAUAGUAAAAAUGCAUAUGCACGUGCAAUUCGCACGGCAGCAUUUCACCGAUUUUGGAAUAUAUUGGCUAAUGUGUUUCCUGGUCUUUAGAUGCAAACCAUUAAUAACACUGUCUUAUCUAAUAGUUUUUUCAGGGGUGCUUCUUGAUUAGUAGGUAAUUUGGAACACCUCUUUAAAUACAGCUAGAAAAUAAAACCAAUUUGUAAAGCCACAUUUGCAUAUGAUGCCAGCCUCACGCAUUUGUAUAUCUCCAGAAAUUCAGGUAUGCCUCACCAAUUUGCCCGUCUUUAAUAAAAUCUUGUGUUAAAAUUUGCAUCACGUCGCCUUCCUAUGUAUGAUGAAACAAGAAACAGAUUUCCAAUUGCUCUUUUGUCUUCAGACAUUUAGUAAUAUAAAGUACCUAUUUUUAUGCUGAAAUGUUUAUACUGGUUUAUUAAUAGCAAGUGCAACUAAUUGGCGGCAUGCCUUGCAACACAUUUUGAUAUAUUAGCCAUGCUUCCGGGUAAAGGCAAGCCCCAAACUCCUUAUCUUUUGCAGUCUCUCUGGGAUCAGUAAAAGAAAAAAAAAAUAAUGUGCUUAAGAAGUGGGACUGUAAAUAUGUAUAUUUAACUUUGUAUAUCCCAUGUACCUACCUUGUAUAGAAAAAUAAUUUUAAAAAUUUGAAUGGAAGGGGGUGAAGGAACUUAUGAAGUUUUUUUGCAUUUUUAUUUAAAUGAAGGAAUUCCAAAUAACUCACCUACAGGUUUUUAGCACAAAAAUAGCCAUUGUAAAGUGUUAAAAUUUACGAUAAGUAUUCUAUUGGGGAGGGAAGGUAACUAUGAUCUCAGUUACAGUUUUUUUUUUUCCUUUUUAAUUUCAUUAUUUUGGGUUUUUGGUUUUUGCAGUCCUAUUUAUCUGCAGUCGUAUUAAGUCCUAUUGCUAGAAUAGGUUACUACAAAAAAGAUUAUAUUCUGAAAGAAAAAUAACUGACAUUAUAUAUAACCAAUUAAUUUAAAGUAUUGCCGUUUAAAUUACACACUGAGAGCAUGUCCUGUGCAGACAUAGAUUUUUCUGUUCAUUUAUUUUUCUUCAUUGCAGUGGAUUGAUUUGAUAAAUAGAUGUGUUGAAUUACUACAUUUGCUGUACAUAUUAUUUAAUAAACUUUAUUCAGAAUUGCGUGGCA